CUUUUUCUUGGAUUCUCAUUGAUUAUCAACUCUUUUCCAGCUUUUAGUUUUUUAUUCUUUAAUAGGUGAAUCAUGUCUAUUAGGAUUUGGUUCUUGAUUCAACAAUUUAUGCUGAGACAGAAUUUGCCUGAAUACAAUCAUAUCCCUUCUGUUCGUAACUUCUACUGUCGUCAUUGCGCAACUCAAGUUGCAACUCUCCAUGCUAACACUCAGACUCUACCGAUUCUUUCUAGGUUAAGGAUUGCAGUAGUAGAUGACGAGCGACAUUAUCGAGUAAUAGAUGGCAUGACCGUAGCCGAGAUUUUCUGUGUCCGAUGUAGAAACCUGCUAGGGUGGAAAAUUAUUGCAGUCUCCCAACCGUCUAGUGUUUAUAGCGUAGGAGAAUUUGUUAUGAGAUUGAACACAUUUAUUAGCAAUAACAAUGUAACGUCGUCUGAUUUACUCGUUGGAGGCAAUAAUGAUCAAGAUGGAGGUGCAGAUGAAGAACAGGAUCAUGAUCAAAAUGGAGGCGCUAAUGAGCAAAAUGCUGAUCAAGAUCGAUGGAGACGCUAAUGAGCAAGAUUUAGGCUCUAAUGAGAAAAAUACUGAUCAAGAUGGAAUGGGGGCAAUAUUUGAUCUAAAUGCAAAUAUUUGAAUCAAGUAUUGAUGAAAAUGCAGAUAGCCCACUCGCGCUGGAGAUUUACGAUAGAGUUGAUAUUAUACGAGUAUUAAUUCAUAACUGUCUAUUCAUUUUACAUGUUUGAGUAUUAAUUCAUUUUACAGUAGUUGAAAGUCACUGCAACUACUGUGCAAUUGUCUUUGUUUUCACUGCUAAUUAGUAUGAGAUAUAUACAAAUGUUUGAUUUUGAAGAA